UCAGUGAUGUUUUGAGAUGUAGGAAGGGUUGGAGAAAGAUGUCUCAUGAAAAAACUCUGAUAGUGAUCCAAAAAAUGGUGAAAGUGCCUCCACCAAAAGCACUUUUGUUGUUCAAUUCCUCAACCUAUGAGGGCCUUCAUCACACUCCUCACUCUAUCGCUUUCAUCUUAAACCAUCUCCUAUCCCAUGACAUGCUACCCCAAGCUCAAUCUCUUAUCUUGCGUCUAAUCUCUGGUCGAAUCCCCUUCUACACAUUCUCUCCCUCCUCCUUCAUACCUCAACUAACACAAGCCCAUUUCUCCUCUUCUUCAACUUAUGCUCCUCUCUAUGAAACAAUUGUCAAUGCUUAUGUUCAUUCUCACUCCCCUGAUCAGGCCCUCACUUUUCUACACCAGAUGAUUCACAAGGGUCAUCUUCCUACAUCAAACACCUUCAACAAUCUUCUGUGCUCGAUCAUUAGGUCAAACUGUUUCGAUAAAGCUUGGUGGGUUUUUAACCAAUUCAAGAUUAAAGUUGUUAUGGAUGUCUACACAUUUGGGAUUAUGAUCAAGGGUUGUUGUGAGGUUGGUGACUUAACGAAAGGGUUUCGGCUUGUGACCAUGUUGGAGGAGUUUGGUUUGUCUCCUAAUGUUGUUAUAUACACUACGUUGAUUGAUGGGUGCUGCAAGAAUGGAGAUGUCAUGCUGGCGAAGAAGUUGUUUUGCAAGAUGGAUAGGUUGGGUGUAGUUGCUAAUCAACAUACUUAUAGUGUCUUAAUGAACGGGUUUUUCAAACAAGGACUUCAAAGGGAAGGGUUUCAAAUGUAUGAGAAUAUGAAGCAAAGUGGAAUAGUGCCAAAUGUUUAUUCCUACAGCUGUGUGAUUGGAGAAUAUUGUAAUGGUGGGAUGGUGGAUAAAGCUUUUAAGGUGUUUGGUGAAAUGCGUGAGAAAGGUGUUAUGUGUGGGGUUAUGACAUAUAACAUUUUAAUAGGUGGGCUGUGUCGAGGGAAGAAGUUCGGUGAAGCAAUAAAGUUAGUUCAUCGAUUGAGCAAAGUUGGCCUCAGUCCUAACAUUGUUACAUACAAUAUACUGAUCAACGGUUUUUGUGGUGUUGGAAAAAUAGACACUGCUGUUAGAUUAUUCAGUCAAUUGAAGUCAACUGGACUUUCACCAACUUUAGUAACCUAUAAUACUCUGAUUGCAGGGUAUUGUAAGGUUGAGAAUUUAACUGGAGCUCUUAGCUUGGUCAAGGAAAUGGAAGAGAGAUGUUUUGCUCCUUCCAAAGUGACAUAUACGAUUCUGAUUGAUGCUUUUGCAAGACUAAAUCAUAUGGAAAAAGCACGCAAAAUGCAUGCUUUAAUGGAGAAGUCUGGUUUGGUUCCAGACGUACACACAUACAGUGUCUUAAUACAUGGGUUAUGUAAAACUGGUAACAUGAAAGAAGCCUCAAAACUAUUCAAAUCAUUGGGGGAGCUGCAUUUCGAACCAAACAAUGUUAUAUAUAACACGAUGAUUCAUGGUUACUGCAAAGAAGGAAGCUCUUACAGGGCUUUUAGGCUACUCAAGGAAAUGGUUCACAAUGGAAUGGUCCCUAAUGUGGCCAGUUUUUGCUCAACCAUAGGGCUUCUUUGCAAUGAUGGAAAGUGGAAGGAAGCAGAGCUUCUCUUAGAAAAGAUGAUAAAUUCAGGACUAAAGCCAACGGUUUCUUUAUACAAUAUGGUUUACAAAGAAAAGAUCAACGUUUAGAAUGCCGAACAUGGUUUAGAUCGUCAGGGCCUGUCCCCGAAGGCCACUACUUUAACUGGUGCACUUGAGAGAGCAAUUGGCUUCAAUAUGAGCUGGAUGAGAUGAUUGGCAGAAUUGGAGAAAGUGCAGCUGCUGUGAAGGCUUGCAAGCCUGCUGCCACGCUGGAUAACUGAAGUCAAAACUGUCUAUUUGUAUUGUGCUUAGCUGUCAAGCUUACCUGGACAAGCGGUCAAAGAACUCUAAGAGGCAAAUUUAAGAAGCUGGCUGAAUUGUUACCUGGAAAAACUGAAGCAGAAGCAUACUGUGAGGACUGAUUGCACGGGAAGCUAACUUGUUCUUGGCACUAAGCUGACCUGCUAUAGACAGUAUCUUGGUAGUUGAUUAGUUACUUAGGUAGUUAGCUAUAUAAGGACUGUAAUAGAGGUAUUAGAAACGUGACACUACAUAUUUAGACACUCUUACAUUCUGCAUUUUACAGCUUUUCUUAGAGUAGAACGUUUUCUCUCAAGUUCUUUAUUUGUUUUUCUACUCACGUUAUUGACGA